CUGCCAUUCGCUGCCAAGGCUGUCAGUCACCGAAUCCUGGCUGGUGAUUACCCGCUGGCACCCAGUGAUUACCGAGCAUCUCCAACUGGGAGGAAGACUGUUUUGUUUAGUAACAGUCCUCCUCCUUGUCAGCUCAGGCACACUGCUUUGGAUGGCUGUGCACAGCACAGCCAUUCAAAGCAGUACAGACAAUGCCCCCUAUUAAAAACACUCCCUGCACACAGUUAACCCUUUGAUUACCCCUUCCUGCCCAGUGCCAUUAGUACAGUGUUCAUGCUUUUUUUUUAGCACUGAUCACUGUAUUGCUGUCACUGGGGAUGUCAGUGACACCUAGUCAGUUCCCCCCCAGUACCAGUCCUGCAGUCCCACAGUCCCGAUAUAAGUCACUGA